UUUAUGUGACUCAAUCGCAACUCACACGUGGCUACCAAUAGCAUUACCAAACCAACCGUAUCCCGCAACCGGAUGGCGGUUCUUCACCCGGAUCUGCGCUCCAUGAUCGGUAUCCCCGCCAGAUUCUUCUCUGGCUCCCUCCGUACGCCGGCGCAGCUGAAAGCAUCGGUCUCCGACAAGCCGCCGACCUGCACCGCCGACGAGCUUCACUAUGUCUCGGUCCACAGCUCCGAUUGGAGACUCGCCCUCUGGCGCUACAAGCCUCCUCUUAAGGCCCCUAAGAGGAAUCAUCCGUUGUUGCUUUUAUCUGGUGUUGGGACGAACGCAGUUGGAUUUGAUCUCUCCCCUGGGUCUUCAUUUGCACGUUACAUGUCCAGCCAAGGGUUUGAUACAUGGAUUAUGGAACCUCGUGGUGCUGGGUUAAGCACUGAAGGGGUGAGAUAUCCCGAGGUUGAGGAAUCUGUCAAGACCAUUUCCAAGCAGGGUUUGGCUAUUAAGCACGAAAAAGAUGGUGCAUGCUCGGUAAAACAGUCAUCACAUAUCAAUUCUGAUGCACUUCCUGAAUUUGAGGUCUCUUUAACCAGAGAUAAAGGGAUGGUGGCCAGAUUUGAUAAAUCACGAAAGACAAGGUUGGCAGAAACUAUUAUGGGUUUAUCUGAAAGACUCUCUGGCUUGUUAAAUGAAGGUUUAUUAGAAGGAAAGCAGAAUUCUGCUAUUUCUAGUCAAAUCACUGAUUUGAGUCAAAAACUCAUAAAUAUCAUUGAAGAAGGUCAAGAAUCAGUGUCUCCACAGUUUAUUGACUUCACAGAGUGGUUCACUACAAGAAUAGAAGAUUUCCGGAAACAACUUGAGCUGAUUGUGAAGUAUAACUGGGAUUUUGAUCACUAUCUGGAAGACGACGUGCCUGCUGUGAUGGAUUAUAUAAAGGCUCGAUGCAAACCGAAGGAUGGCAGGUUACUUGCAGUUGGUCACUCCCUGGGGGGUAUCUUGCUUUAUGCAAUGCUCUCACAAAAUGGUUCCAAAGGAAGGGACACUGGAUUGGCAGGAGUUGUAACUCUAGGAUCAUCCCUGGACUACACUACCUCAAGAUCAUCACUAAAACUGCUUCUGCCCCUGGCAAAUCCAGCACAAGCUUUUAACGUUCCUAUUAUUCCUGUGGGAUCACUGCUUGCUGCAGUUUAUCCUCUUGCAUCCCGGCCUCCGUAUGUUUUGUCGUGGUUAAAUAUUCUGAUAUCUGCUGAGAACAUGAUGCAUCCGGAACUGUUUGAGAAGCUCGUCUUAAACAACUUUUGCACUGUACCAGGUAAGCUUCUCUUGCAGCUCACAACAGCUUUCCAAAAGGGUGGUCUCUGUGACAGGAGUGGGACUUUCUUUUACAAGGAUCAUUUGUACAAGACCAAUGUGCCGGUUCUAGCACUUGCUGGAGACCAAGACCGAAUCUGUCCACCUGAUGCUGUGUUCGAGACAGUCAAGCUGAUGCCGAAGCAUUUGGUUACCUAUAAGGUUUUUGGUGAACCAAGGGGUCCACAUUAUGCUCACUACGAUCUAGUUGGAAGUCGUUUGGCAGCAGAGCAAGUGUAUCCAUUCAUAAUCGAGUUUCUAACUCAACAUGAUAUGAACAAUUUGCCAUAGAGAGUGUAGAACUCGAAUUUUCUUCUUGUGUUGAUCUCUUCCUCUCCCAACCUUCUCUGUUGGUGAAGAAUGGAGCUGUCUCAAUUCCACAUUGGAUAAAGGGUAAGGGCAUACUGUGUCCUUGUAUACUGGCUUAGUGGCUUUGGUAUUCUGUCUUUUAUCUGUCAGCAAAGAGCAUACAUCUCAGGAGGAUGCUGAAAGAAAGAUAUCCAUUCUCUUAACAACCAUGGAAUUACUUUGGAACUCUCAAGAUUUUACCUAUGAGAAAAUAUGUGGGAAGCAGUAUAUAAGGUCUUGUAUAUUGACAAUGCAUGUUAUGGUGCUAAGUUAAAAUUGUGAAAAAGAAGUAUGAGAAAGGUCUUUAUCUUGCAAA